AUGUCAGCCUUGAAGAAGAGAAAAGUGCAGCAUGAACGCUCCACCUUCAGCGAGGAGGCCCCACGCCAACCCAAGCCCUCCAAAAAGACCAUGGACCGCAUAGACGACACCAAAGAAGCUGCCGAGAACCUGGCCAAGAAGGCUGUCAAGAAGGCCGCCACCGACGACGUCGAGGAGAAGAAGCAAAAGAAGGUCAAGAAGCGAAAAGCACAAGAAGAGGAAGAUGAAGACCCGUCUGAGGAAAUUCCUGCGCCUGCCGACGACGAAGAGGAGGAGACAACCACACCCAAGUCGUUCCGCGAACUGGGAAUUAUCGAUGCCCUGGCUGAAUCAUGUGAAGCCUUGAACUACACAAAGCCCACGCCUAUUCAAGCAGAGUCUAUCCCUCUCGCGCUCCAAGGAAGGGAUAUCAUCGGUCUGGCCGAGACUGGUUCGGGAAAGACUGCUGCAUUCGCAUUGCCCAUCCUACAAGCGCUAAUGGAGACUCCCUCGUCCCUGUUUGGUCUGGUCCUGGCCCCCACAAGAGAACUCGCCUAUCAAAUCAGCCAACAGUUCGAAGCCCUGGGCUCCUUGAUCGGUGUGAAGUGCGCUGUUAUUGUCGGUGGUAUGGAUAUGGUCCCUCAGGCUAUUGCUCUCGGAAAGAAGCCGCAUAUCAUUGUCGCAACUCCCGGACGUCUGCUCGAUCACUUGGAAAACACAAAAGGCUUCUCUCUGCGCACGCUCAAGUACUUGGUCAUGGAUGAAGCCGACAGACUGCUGGACCUGGAUUUCGGUCCCAUCCUCGACAAGAUCCUGAAGGUCAUCCCCAAAGAGAGGCGCACCUACCUCUUCUCCGCCACCAUGUCCUCCAAGGUCGAAUCUCUACAACGCGCCUCGCUCUCCAACCCCAUGAAGGUCAGCAUCUCCUCGUCCAGCUACCAAACCGUCAGCACCUUGAUCCAAUCCUACCUCUUCAUCCCCCACAAAUUCAAGGACAUUUACCUCGUCUACAUCCUCAACGAAUUUGCCGGUCAGAGCACCGUCCUCUUCACCCGCACCGUCAACGAAACACAACGACUAGCCUACCUCCUCCGCGCCCUCGGCUUCGGCGCCAUCCCCCUCCACGGCCAGCUCUCCCAAUCAGCACGUCUAGGCGCCCUCUCAAAAUUCAGAGCCGGCAGUCGCGACAUCUUGGUCGCCACCGAUGUCGCAGCUCGUGGAUUGGAUAUCCCUUCCGUGGACCUGGUGCUCAACUUUGACCUUCCCCCAGACAGCAAGACCUAUGUCCACAGAGUGGGUCGUACAGCCCGUGCCGGCAAAGCAGGCAGAGCUGUUUCGUUCGUCACACAAUAUGACGUUGAAGUCUUCCAGAGGAUAGAAAAGGCGUUGGCCAAGAAAUUGCCCGAGCAUGAUGCGCCCAGAGAUCAAGUCAUGGUGUUUGCCGAAAAGGUAUCCGAGGCUCAGCGUGUGGCUGUUAGGGAAAUGAAGGAUUUGCACGAAAAGGCAAAGAAUGGCGGUAGAGGUGGACCUAGAGGAAAGGGCAAGAGAGAUGCCAUGGACAGGGAUGAGGGUUGA